AAAAAUUUAAAAUUUAGAAUUAUGCGUGUUAGUGUCACAGAAUCGGUUUGAGCUAAGAAAUGCAAUUAUGGUUCGUGAUUUUGUGUUUAUUAAGCCGCGUUGCUGCGGAAGAUUUUCCCUCCCUCAUAACUUCAAACGCAUCGAUAGCUAUAGUGCUGGAUCACCAGUUCCUCAAGGAUCAGUACCAGGGUAUAACGGAUGAGCUGAAGGAUUACAUCAAAGAACUAGCGCGGGUUAAGCUUAAGCAUGGUGGAGUGGUUGUGCAUUAUUACUCUUGGACUGCCAUCAAUCUGAAAAAAGGUUUCCUUGCAGUAUUUAGCGUAACUUCAUGCGAAGACACUUGGUCAUUAUUUAAGCGAAUUCAAGAUGAACAAAUUCUUCUAUUUGCUCUUACCGAAGUGGAUUGCCCGAGGUUACCAUCCAAUGCUGCUAUCACCGUCACGUAUUCUGAUCUCGGUGAAGAACUUCCCCAAAUUGUUCUUGAUCUUCGAACAGAAAAGGCGUUUAAUUGGAAAUCCGCUAUUCUCCUCCAUGACAAUACUUUAAGUCGAGAUAUGAUAUCUCGAGUGGUCCAAUCCAUGACAUCGCAAAUAGAUGGUAAACCUUCCAUCUCCGUGACCUUAUUAAAAAUGAGACAUGAGACGAACGAGUAUUUAAGAAGGAAAGGGAUUUACAGAGUAUUAUCCAAAGUACCAGUUAAAUAUAUAGGUGAAAAUUUCAUAGUCAUAGUAACUACAGACACUAUGACUACAAUGGCUGAAGCUGCGCGCGAUCUUCAAAUGUCACACACUCUUGCGCAGUGGCUUUAUAUUGUAUCAGACACAAAUAGAACGAAUGGUAAUCUAUCCACAUUGAUCAACGAAGUGUUUGAAGGAGAAAAUAUUGCGUACAUUUAUAAUAGGACCGAUGACGGGACACACUGUCAGAAUGGAAUUCUAUGUUACUGCAAGGAAUUGAUGGAUGCGUUCACAUUAGCUUUGGAUGCUGCAGUGCAGGAGGAGUUUGACGUAGCAGCUCAGGUUUCAGAUGAAGAGUGGGAAGCCAUUCGGCCUGAUAGACUGCAACGGAGAGACAUGUUAUUAAGACAUAUGCAGCAACACAUAACAGCGCAUAGCAAGUGCGGCAACUGUACUGCUUGGCAAGCACUUGCAGCUGAUACUUGGGGUGCGACAUACAGAAACACUGAUUUGAUCAGCAACAAAGAUGAUGAUAAUGUGACUACUGCUAUUGAAAACGUCGACUUGAUUCAGGUUGCGUUUUGGCGCCCAAUAGAUGGAUUUAUGUUUGAGGAUGCAUUGUUUCCACAUAUACAACAUGGUUUCCGUGGCAAAGAAUUGUCUAUAUUGACCUACCAUAAUCCGCCAUGGACAAUAUUGGUAACAAAUGCAUCGGGGGAUGUCGUAAAUUAUGGAGGUCUAUUAUUCGACAUUGUUGGACAAUUUGCUAAAAGUAAAAAUUUCACAAUUCGGAUUGUCCUACCGGGGCAUGUGAAAGAGGAUUCUUCGAAUGAAACAUCUACAGAUAUGAUGCACAGUACAAGUGCAAAGUUGACGUUAUCAGCAGUCGCGAAGGGAAAAGUGGCUUUUGCCGCUGCAGCUUUCACAAUCUUAUCUGAUCCUCCACCAGGUAUAAACUACACAAUUCCUGUGAGUAUUCAGCCGUAUGCUUUCAUGAUAGCACGUCCUCGAGAACUUAGUAGAGCGUUAUUAUUUUUACUACCAUUUACAACCGACACAUGGCUCUGUUUAGGAUUUGCAGUGGUUUUUAUGGGGCCAACAUUAUUCAUAAUACAUAGAAUAAGCCCCUUUUACGAUGCUGAGGAUAUCACAAGAGAAGGUGGACUAUCGACUAUACAUAAUUGUCUGUGGUAUGUUUACGGGGCUUUAUUGCAACAAGGUGGAAUGUACCUCCCACGAGCAGAUAGUGGUAGACUAGUAGUUGGUACUUGGUGGAUAGUGGUAUUAGUGGUUGUCACAACCUACUCUGGGAAUCUUGUCGCAUUUCUAACCUUCCCUAAACUUGAAAUUCCGGUGACAACUAUCAGUGAACUGUUGCUGAAUAGAGCAACUUACACAUGGUCAAUUAAUAAGGGAUCUUAUUUAGAAAGUGAAUUAAAGAACUCGGAUGAUCCAAAAUACGUGUCUCUGCUAAAAGGUGCUGAGCUGACGAGUUCACGGACUGCAAUGGAAGCGAACAAUAUAGCUGGGGCGAAUUUACUUAACCGGGUUAGAAAGGAGCGUCACGUGAUGGUGGAUUGGAAGUUGAGAUUAAAAUAUAUAAUGCGAGCCGACACUGUGGCCACGGACUCUUGUGAUUUUGUGUUAGGUUUUGAAGAGUUUAUGGAGGAAAGAAUCGCCUUAAUCGUACCCAGUGCUAGUCCAUACCUGCCUGUUAUUAAUAAAGAAAUUAAUCGCAUGCAAAAAGCGGGGCUCAUAUCAAAAUGGUUAAGCGCUUAUUUACCAAAACGUGACCGGUGUUGGCAGAGCUCCACUAUGACCUGGGAAGUGAAUAACCAUACUGUCAACCUCAGUGACAUGCAGGGCUCAUUCUUUGUUCUGUUUCUAGGCGUUCUUUCUGCUACAAUAGUUUUGUUAACUGAAUGGUUUUGGAUUAGAAGAAAAAAGAAGAUCGAGCAAGUAGUCAUUCAGCCUUACUUGAAUUAAAAAAUGUACUAGAAGAGAUAUAUUAUCUAAAUAAUAAGUUUCGAUUCAUCGUAAGUGAAAAGGUAAUAAAUACAUUUCACGUUGCGCGUGUAUUUUAUUGCCAGUAAUCGUAUUUUCACAUAUAUAUUCCAUUUUAUCUAUUUACUAAG